AUGCGUCAGGAUAAUUCAAGGAAAAAUUUCCUUACAAGGUCAUCAUUGGUUCGGUGGUUUGGAACGUAUGACCACAAGUCGUUAGACAGAAAAAUCAUCCUCAAACACGAGCGCCAAUAUAUUCUGGAACAUUUAUACAAAUGCCAAAAAGAAACAGUGUCAUUUGCCCCUUUCCCUGAAGAACAACUGCUUCAAACAUCAGAAGAAGAGGACAUUUUCAAAAUACUUUCUAAUUUAAUUCUGAAACCAGAAUCUGAAAUAAAAGAUGCAACUUACAAAUAUCACCAAAACUGUCCAGAUGUAAACCUGAGGCCAAUUUGUGGAAUCACCUCUGAUCGCUGGAAAGCAUACAUACAGGAAAACGAAGGAGAUUUAGUUCCAUUUAUCCUGGACGCCAUUUGUAACCUAUUUAAAGUCACUAUCAAAGUAUUUUGCAUUGUUUCGGAAGAGUUGACAAUAUUCUACCCAAAUGAAGAAACUGAAGAGGAAAUUGCCAUUGGUCAUCGAGGAGGAAAGAUGUACGUUCCACUCAAGGAACUCCAAAAAGAUGUGGACAUAAAAAAGUUUGAGGAAAAACAAGCUGCCUAUCUUCAAAUCAACGAGAACUUAGAGAAACUUAGAGUAGAACUGGAGGAAACAAAUAAAAAUAUAAAAUCUAACCAAAGUAACAUAAAGCGCCUCGAAAAAGCAAUAGCAGACUUAAAACGAAGAAGAGAAGAAAUAGAAAAUGAAAUCGAGGAAAAAUCUAAACAAUAUGAGAAAGAAAAGGAUAAGGUACAGAAAAUCAAGAAAAAAGUACAAGUUUUGAAUGAAAAAAGAGUAAAAAUGGAAGCGUUCUUAGAACAAGCUGCGGGAGUUGCUGAAGAACUGAAAUCCGAUUUAGGUGGUCUUGAAUUAAGUGAUGAAGAUCUGACGGAGGACAAAAAAGGAGAUGACAAGAAAAUUUCGCUUUCUGAGUGUCAGACUCCUGUUGAGCCACCAAGGAUAACGUCAAAAAGAUUUUCCCGAAACUGCAUGAAAACUACAAUGUCAACAACCCACAAAUGA